AUGUGACUGAUUAUGGGAGGGUUUAAAGAUGACUGGAAGCCAUCUUACACACUCGCUUUACACCCCUAAAUAUAUGUCAGAGCUCUACACCUAUAAUUCACAAACACGCAGAAAGAUAUACUCAGCCACGUUUGGUGGAAAACAUUUAAAAUAGUUGAAAUUGGAGAGAAAGGAAUGGACAGAAUCAUCAAAAAGACUAACACUGGCUUCCUAGCCCCUGCUCUGUGAAACUUUCCUUUUGCAGAGGAAAGAUUCACUCAUUCAUGGAAGGAUAAUUGAAGCUAAUCCUCCCCGCUUAUAAUAUCUGUGACCUGUUGCUUGAGUGACAUUCAUAUUGAGAUGUUCCACAAGAGACUUGCAUAUUGAGGAACAAGGAACUGGUGAAAAAUAUUGCUUUAACUUUCUUUUUUUUUUUUUUCGUGCUCUUUGGACACUGCGAAAGCUGUGGGAAGGACAACUUGUGAAUUGUUUUGCAAGCCCAUCCAGAUAAACUUAUCUCCACUGUUUUUGUCACAUUUGGAGGAUAGAAAAUUUAAGACAUGAGUACAGCCAGAAUGGAAAAUCCAGUGAUUCUGGGACUGUCGAAUCAGAAUGGCCAAAUGCGAGGCUCUGUGAAGCCAGCAGGGGGUCCUGGAGGAGGUGGAGGGGGGUCCCAAACAAUGCAACCUACCCAGGUCAAAGCCUCCAGCACAGUCAACAAUGGCAACUCCCAGCCUGUACCCACAGCCAACACUAUCAUCAAGCCUGGGGAUGACUGGAAGAAGAAUCUAAAGCUUCCUCCAAAGGAUAUGCGCAUGAGAACUUCAGAUGUGACGGCGACCAAGGGAAAUGAGUUUGAGGAUUACUGCCUGAAACGGGAGUUGCUUAUGGGCAUCUUUGAAAUGGGCUGGGAGAAACCAUCACCUAUACAGGAGGAGAGCAUUCCCAUUGCGUUGUCUGGGAGGGACAUUCUAGCCAGAGCCAAGAACGGCACAGGAAAAAGUGGCGCCUACCUCAUUCCCUUACUUGAACGCAUUGACCUGAAGAAAGAUAGCAUACAAGCAUUGGUCAUUGUGCCCACUAGAGAACUGGCUCUACAAGUCAGCCAGAUCUGCAUCCAGGUCAGCAAACACAUGGGCGGGGUCAAGGUUAUGGCAACUACAGGUGGAACCAACCUCCGUGAUGACAUCAUGAGACUCGACGAAACAGUGCAUGUUGUCAUCGCCACUCCAGGAAGAAUUUUAGACCUCAUCAAAAAGGGAGUGGCCAAAGUCAAUCAAGUACAGAUGGUUGUGUUGGAUGAGGCAGAUAAACUCCUGUCGCAGGACUUUGUACAGAUGAUGGAGGAGAUGCUGAGCUCUUUGCCCAAACAAAGGCAAAUUUUGCUGUACUCUGCCACCUUCCCACUGAGUGUGCAAAAGUUCAUGAACGCCCAUCUGCAGAAGCCCUAUGAGAUAAACCUGAUGGAGGAGCUGACCCUGAAAGGGGUUACUCAGUAUUACGCCUAUGUGACUGAAAGGCAGAAAGUCCAUUGCCUUAAUACUCUGUUCUCCAGGCUCCAGAUCAAUCAGUCUAUAAUCUUCUGCAAUUCAUCCCAGCGAGUGGAGCUCCUGGCCAAGAAGAUUUCGCAGCUUGGAUACUCCUGUUUCUACAUUCAUGCCAAGAUGAGACAGGAACACCGAAACCGCGUGUUCCAUGAUUUCAGAAACGGCUUAUGUCGAAAUCUCGUCUGCACUGAUCUCUUCACAAGAGGAAUUGAUAUACAAGCUGUGAAUGUGGUGAUCAACUUCGAUUUCCCCAAACUUGGGGAGACGUACCUCCAUCGCAUUGGCAGAUCUGGCCGAUUUGGACACUUGGGUCUGGCCAUUAACUUGAUCACUUAUGAUGACCGCUUUAACCUGAAAGGUAUUGAAGAACAGCUGGGUACUGAAAUCAAGCCCAUUCCCAGCAGUAUUGACAAGAGUCUAUAUGUGGCCGAGUACCAUAGUGAGAGUGGGGAGGAGGUUAAACUGUGAGCAGGAGAGAUCACCAAUCCUUUGUCCCCUAUCCCCACCUUUUUUUCCUUCCCUACUGUGUAUAGGGAGUAGGGGAUAAUUUUGUUUAAACUAUAUCUUCCUUCUGUCUUCCUCUUCCCCCGUUUUUUUUUUCUUCCUGUCUUGUUUGGUGCCACCACAAGGAAUGUGAUGUUGCAAAGGCACAAUAAUCGGGAAGGACUCAUGGCCUAAUAAAGGACUGCUGCACUGAAAUUUUCAUCCUGAAGACUUCAAAUCCCUCGAGGAGGGAAAGAGGGGACACGAGGAUUUAUCUCCUAAGAAAAGAAAUGACUACUUAUUGCCUGCAAGCACAUUCUCACCCCACUCUCUCUGUCCCUCUGCACAUCUUCAUGUUUCUAGUCAUUUGAAACAAGUGCCUUAACAAGCAGUCUAACUUGUUCAAAAAGUAAUAACCUGAUAUGAUUUUUUUUUUUCUCCUUUCAUAACUCUUCAUUUUAAGACAUGAUCUUGAUUUUUCUAUGGCUUUUGGGAUCGCUUGUCUGCCCCCUCCUGUUUGACAUCAGAAGAAUAAUUUUGCAUUUGCCACCUAUAGAUUUUUGGGGCAAUGAAGAACAGGAUUUCACAGUGGGAGAGAGGAUGGGGGUGGUGUGUGUGUGCAGUCUCUGGCAUACUUGACUAUGGUGUGAAGAGAAGCCCCCUGGAGAACUGAGAUGAUAUCAGUGAGCAUGAUGACAAUGAUAGGAGCUAAUGUUCUUGUGUCAAGCUUUCAAAAGUCCCACAAGGCUCUCAAUGGAUUUCCCCCCCUUCAUCCACUCAUGGAACAUGCCAUGCCUCUAGAGACCCGUAACUCUUUCCCCCUCUGUCUUCAGUGGGCCAACACUAAGAGACUUGACCGGACUCAGACCAGCCUUUCUCCUUGGCCAUGAGGACUCCUGCUUUGAGACGAAUGUGGAUUUCUUUCUUUCUUUCUUUGUUUUUCCCCCCCUCUUUGUUUCUUUUUCUUCCCCCUCCCCUUUUCCUCCUGAUUUCAAUACAGUUUUGCAUUCUUAUUGGGUAGGCACUCUGUCCUAAAUGUGCCAUUUAUACAGAUUUGGCGCAUUGUAAACAUUUUGUAAAUACUUCAUUUAUUUUUUUAAAUGGAUUGUUUUAAAACGAGCUAAAAAGGCUGGAUGACCAUUUGAAAACAGUGUUUGAAAGAUCUUUUAAAAUCAGGACUUUGUCAGCACUGGACGGCGGUAUUUUGUUUGCUUAUUCCAUAAUUUUCGCCCAUGGGAAAUAAGUUGAAACCUUUCCAGGUAGUGCACCACCUUUGCUUUGUUAUAACAAAAAAAAAAAAUUGGGCUCCCCACAUUUUCUUUUUAAAUCCAAAAACACCGUUCAAAUGUUUUGUCAGCUUCUAAGCGUUUCAGCGGGUGGCGCAGUUGUUCAGAUUUGCACUUCACUCUAAAUUGUCUCUCAUCAUUACCCAGUGUUGACAAAAGUUCCUGAUGUGGGUUGCUCAAAUAAAUGGCCUCAUUUUAGGGUUGAGAAAACUUGAGGCUUAUUUGCUUUCCAGCCUUUUGCUUGUAACACUGACUAAGGCACUCUGCAGGGUCCCCUAACUCGGGUGACUCUAAUCAUAGAGGUAAUUUAAUAUUUUCAUCAUGUAAUAGUGCUUCUCGCUGCAAUGCAGCUCAAAUUGGCAACGUGCAAAAAUGUUGAAUUUAUAAGCGAGAUGUGUAGCUGUUACAUGGGUUUGUGUUCUCUGGCACUAGGACAUGAUGACUUUAAACAGACCGUUUGGGCUUGGAGGAUUGAAAGGAACUUAGUUCCCAUUGGUGAAAGGAAAAAAUGGACAAAAACAACAACUGGAUGCCAAGACUUCUAAACGAUGGACUGACAUAAUGUAGCGGCAGAGACAUGCAGUGCAUCGCGAGUCAGCAGGCUUUUCUUUUUUUUUUUUUUUUUUGGAACAAGACAUUGUUCUUAAGAUGCUGCACAGAUUUAACAGAAGGUUCUAAACCUUUGCAGUGUGGGCUGCACUUAAGUGUGAACUUUAGUUCAAGGGUUGGGCAAUAAUACGGACUGCACACGUGCUGGGAGCACUUCCUCGGUUA